AUUGGAUUUGCUUACAUAAAGACUUCGGAAGCUUGAAACACGACAUGGCAUAGGUAGGCAUUGCUGCCAAAACCGCCUUCAACAGCACCAUCUUCCCUGCUCCCGAGAGGUACCUCGCUGUCCACCCUUGGGCUUUUUGUCUAAUGCGAUCAAUGAUGCUUGAGAAGAUGUCCCUUUUCUUCCUUCCAAAGUGCUCCGGCAAACCAAGGUUAAAUAAACAAGGAUUCAUGGAGCUGGGGUGGAACAACGACGUUGAAUCACUUGCUGUGAAAGAUCAGGGUAUAUCAGAAAGAGCAAGAAGUGAUAAAGAACGUCUCAUCACCGGCUUAAAAUCGAGCUACGGCUACGUUGAUCAUGAUCAAACUGAUAUUCAGUUUCAAACUGUUCCAGAGAUUCAUAGAGAAGAAGAAAUCUCGGAGAAAGACUUGACGUUGGCUGUCCCUGAUGAACAUUCUGAAACUGGUGAUCAUCAUGAUCAUCAAACCUAUGACUUUUCAGAUAAUCAAAAUUAUUUGAGAAACAAGCAUGUGAAGCCAAAACGGUCUCGUAUCGAGAUCUUCAGUGAUGAUGAAUCGGAGGGGUUCACAAGAGAAGUUCCUACAGUGACAAGAAAAGGUUUCAAGGGAAGAAGAAACGAUAUGUUGAGUAACAAGAUGCGUAAGCUACAAAAACUGUUACCUAAUUGUCACAAGGAGGACACGGUUUCUGUUCUCGAUAAAGCCAUUGAGUAUAUGAAAGAUCUUCAACUUCAACUCCAGGUGAUGUCUAUAAUGGGGAUGAAUCCUUAUUUUGCUCAAGCGACAUUAAACUUUGGAAUGCACAACCACCUUGUGACGGCGAUGGCGCGCUAUGCUCAGGGUAUAAAUCUGGUGAAUCAAACAACGUCGUCACCGUUAAUCCCGGCGUCGAAUUCGCUGUUGCCACCGUUUAGUAAUCUAUUAAUCCCACACACAUCUAACCAAUCUCUCUUUCCUACAACAGCAUUACCAGCUUCUUCUACUCAAUGUCUUUGCGGUUUGGUUCCUUUCCCAAGUUUCCUUGAUUUUUCUUCCCAUACGAUGGGUGGAAGACUAUAAUCUGUAAGUUGCUUCAGAAAAGUUUGUAUGAAAUGUUCUUGAUUAGGAAAAAACAGAAAAUCGAAAAUAAGACAUAUGCACAAUGUGAUUUAAUAUAUUUGGAUCUGGAAUUGACCAAUUUGUUUUAAUUACAGCGAUUCAUUGCACCAACCAUCUUGUACAUUUGAGUUAUUUACAUACUGUUUUGUGCUGUAUAAAGUUUUAUAGUGUUCAAAAAGAGUAUAAAACGGUUUUAUUAUUAUC